AGGGAAUCAUGAAUAUAUGGUAACAGACAUUAUAAAUUCCGUACAGUGGUCUCUGAAGUCUCCAUCUUUUGUGGGAAACCAAGAUUUAGAAUGGGGUCUGGAAGGAAAAAAGAGGAUGAAAGGGAAGGGUUUAGAAUGGUUCCAAAUCAUGAUGAUGAAGAGAAUAUAGAAAAAGGUGAUGUUGAUUUGGUUAAAUAUGAUCCUUAUGCGCCCCCAGAUGGAGGCUGGGGCUGGGUUGUUAUGAUUGCCAGUUUUAUUUGUAAUCUGGUUUUGGAUGGUAUUGCGUACACUUUCGGAAUCUUUCUUAUCCCGCUAAUGGAACAUUUUGGAGUUCAAAAGGGUCCUAUGUCGUUGGUUGGAAGUGUUCUUGCAGGAACUAUACAGUUAGUUGGUCCGUUUGUAGCUGUCCUUGUAAAUAAAUUUGGAACAAGAGUAGUUUGUAUCGCUGGAGCAGUUAUAUCAGCAACAGGAUUUUUUGCUUCAACUUUUGCAACAUCAGUACCGGUUCUGAUGCUGUUGUACAGUAUAGUAGCGGGUACAGGACUAGGAUUAAUGUAUGUACCAGCAGUUGUAGCUGUAGGAUACUACUUCGAGAAGAAACGAGCAUUUGCUACAGGGAUAUCUGUUUGUGGGUCUGGAGCUGGAACCUUUAUUCUAGCCCCCCUGGCAUCCCUUAUGUUGAGCUACUAUGGUUGGGAAGGCGCAACCAGGAUACUUGCCGGGUUGUGUUUACAAUGUGCUGUUUGCGGGGCAGUUAUGCGACCUUUGCCGCGAAGGAAGGAAAAAGUUGAAGAGGAGGAAGAGAAGGGAGAACCAGCUCCCUGUUUUCAGUCUGUAGUAAGUUCUGUGUUUGAUAGAAGAUUACUGACUAACAUACCCUUCCUUCUUCUUCUUCUGGCCAACCUAUUCUCUACUAUGGGUCUUUAUAUUCCAUACAUGUACCUUCCAUCACAGGCUGAAUCCAAGGGAAUCCCUGCAGUUGAUGCUUCCUUCCUCAUCUCUGUUGUUGGUAUCUGUAAUACACUGGGUAGAAUACUUUCAGGUUUACUUACUGACAUCCCUUGUGUUGACCCUAUGGUGGUGACAACUCUAGCUUUGACCUUCGGAGGUCUUUGCCCACUCCUCAUGGCGCUCUGUGUAGAAUACUGGUCAUUCCUUAUUAUAUCCGUCCUGUUCGGCACCUUCCUGUCGGCCUGGGUCGCUGUGACCUCCCCUGUCCUCGUGGAGCUGCUUGGCCUCGAACUUUUGACCUCCGCCUUUGGGACUCUCACCUUCGUCAGAGGUUGCGCAGCGCUCUUAGGCCCUCCCUUGGCUGGCUUUAUAGUGGAUGGUACAGGAGACUUAGAUAUAGCUUUCUACAUAUCAUCAGGUUUGCUAGUUGUCAGUGCAGUUGUUUCUUUGGCAUCAUAUCUCACAAUCAAAAGAAGUCAAUAAAAGAACGAAAUAAUUUAAAAUAAGAAACGUUAAGACCAAUUUUUUCAAAUAUACUGGAAUAUCAAUGUAUUAUGAAAAACACAGGAACUACAUGGUUAUCCACAUUGAACUGAAAUCCUAAAAAGUUGACGUUCCUAAUUUUAAUUUAGCCUCCCUCUUUGAAUAAAGCCUUUUAAUGGCUUACUCAAUAAUUUGGCAAAGAAAGAAUACAGUUUACAGUUUGCAGGAAAUCUUGAUUGGAAGUAAACAGACCGUAGUAUAAAUUCUGUAAGUCGUCUCUGAAGUCUCAUCCUUUGUGGGUAACCAUGUAUAACAUUUUUUCGUCAAAUACAACUUACUGCAGAGAGCAUUUCUCAAUCACAAACGUUUUUUUUUGAAUUUUUUAACAUUUUGAUGUCAUUUAAAUUCUAUUCUUGAUUUGGAACAAAAUGUUCGAGUUUCGAAAUACUUUUGAUUUGUUCGAUAUUACAAUCGAUAUGUUAGAGGUUUUUCUAACUAUAGUAUACACGUGCACUGUAAAUAAAACAUUUUGAUUCUAAAAGCUGUUUGGAUUGUACUGAAAAUAUGUUCUUAAAGAUUGAUUGUGAGCUGAGUCUUAACAGAAUUUGUCUCAUUUCGCUAUGCAUUCAUUCGGUCAUUUGUGAACCUAAUAUUUUUUUUUAAUUAAUCGCAUAUGGCCGAAUGCAUUGCGAACUGACACAAAUUCUGUUAUAAUCGGCUCACAAUUAAACUUUAAGAAAAUACUUUUAGUGCUAUCUAAAAAGUUGUUAGACCCAUCUAAAAAUUGUUAGAACAAUCUUCAAAGUAUUUGAGACAACGUAAAUCUUUUUUAGAACAACUAAAAAGUUUGUAGAAAAAUUAACAUACCUCUCUAUUUACAAGAUAAAAUCUCAAAGAUUUUAGAAAUGUCGAACAAAA